AGUAACAAAGAAAACAUCUCACCAGAUAAACAAAUAAAGUAAAUAAAUGAAAGACAAAUACUCACCAGCCAAAAUCGCAGCAAGUGCGAACAAUAUUCUCUUCAUCUUAAACUUUAAUCCGUCUGUGCGCACUAAUUAAAAGAAAAUAAAAAUCAAAAUUAGUAAAUACAAUAAUAAUAAAUUAAUUUUAGAAUUAAGACGUAAUUCGUGCAAUACAAACAUUGUUUGGCUUCUGUUGUAUACAAUGACUUCGAUGACGUUUAUAUAUAUAUUUAUAUAUAUAUAUAUAUAUAUAUAUAUAUAUAUAUAUAGUAUGUUCCACAAAAAUUUAACGGUAAUAAAUAAAUGAAUACUUAUUUAAAUAUUUUUGAGUAUUAUCUCUCGUGUCGUGAUUGUAAAUGCUCUUCUACAGUGACUGGCAGUCGUCAAGAGACUUUUACGUUUGUAAUUGUAUAGUUUGUUCAUACUCACACGUACGAAGAAAUUUACACUGUCAUGUGCAUAUAAAUACCUCGUAUUCAAGUGUAUUCGUUGCUCAUGCAUUCAUCAACACAUUUACAAUCUUAAAUACGUACGUGUGUAAGUACAUUAAAUGACAGCUGGUGAUUACUAACCAAUCGGAAGUUAUCCAACGACUACUAGACUGUGCUGAGCAAAUCAUCACUCACUCGUUAAUCACAGAGUUGAAUAUUCAAGAGUAAACGAUGGCUCCGAGAACACACAAAAGAAAUCCUUAUCCAGUGCCAGAUAUCUCGAGUGAAGGUUUUUGGGUCGCUCGUGGGCCAGCUUUGGGGAAAAAUGUCUCUGCGAAUGACAGAACCUGGCCGACUAAAGUUGAUGUUGCUGAACGGCUCUUUUCUCAUCAUACUCUCAAUAGUAUUCGACGGGAUCAAAGAAUUAUUCGACCAAAUGAACCAUGUGAUGCAUUAGAUUACGCGUUGUCAUCAAUAUACAUUCACAAUGAAGACUUCAUGGUACCAAAAAUGUACGUGUUCAUGCAGCCCGAAACAUUGAAUCUUCAAUCGUGGCGUCAGUUGCGUAAUGAACUCACUCCAUCCUCGAUGGAACCAACAAAAGCGAGACCAAUAAAGUCAAAAGAAGCGCCGAAGUCAAUGAGGAUGAAUGUUGCGACGGCUACAGCGAUGCCAGUGCCAAAAAUAACAGUAAAUACCCGAUCUAAUAGACGAAUACAGAGCAAAAUAAAUUCACGAGCCGUCUCGCCAAGCGAUAAGUACCAUUCCGCCCCGAGUGGGAAGAAAUCCCAAGCAGCAUUUUCCAAUAAAAAAUCCAUGGCUGUUGAAUCUAAGGAAUAUUCACAGUCGUCAGAUGAUAUUCUCGAUAAAAACCAGAGACGUGUCACUUAUGCCGCGCAAAUGCGAGCAAUCGAGAGGAUUCAUCCGAGCAGUCUCAAGCUGGCGAUCGAGGGUCCUCACACGGAUUUAACAAAUCCUGGCUACAGUCGUAAAGCCGAUGGAACAUUUUACAGCAUAUAAGAAUCUGGUUAAAACCUAAAAUUAUUAAUCGUUCUAUUUUUAUUUUUUUAGUAAUU